CGUUACUUUCGUGUCAGGAACUCGGAUAGCUUCUGAUCGUCAACCUUCCUUCACCGCAUGGCUGCUCAUCUCAUCGUUCUUUUCCUCUUCAGUGUGCUAAAAGGAGUUCACAGCAUAACUACAGUCAGUAAAGUAUCAGUGAAAGCUGGAAAAUCUAUCACCAUCCCAUGUCUCUAUCACUACCAAUACAGAGACCAUGUGAAGUACUUGUGUGAAGGUUAUUAUUGGAUGUCCUGCAGCUAUGCAGUGAAAACAAAUGAAGCAGACCCUUCAGGAAAGUAUUUAAUCUCUGAUGACAAAAAACAUCAAAUUUUCACUGUGACUAUAAACAAUCUGACAAAUCAAAACAGUGAUUACUGGUGUGGACUGGAGAAUACAGCACUAGAUAAUAGAGCGUAUUUUCAGCUGUUAGUUACCAAUGGUACUCCAAGUCUCUAUGUUGAUCAUCAGAGGAUUACAGGAUAUAUUGGAGAAAGCAUAACCAUCAGAUGUCACCACAGUAACUCUGGAGAAAUGAAGUGGUGCAGGCUGGACAGGAACUGUGUGACAGGAUCAUCUGGAUCUAUAGAUGGAACAACAGUGAGCACUGAUAUGAGAGACCCAAAUGUUUUCACAGUGACCAUGAGUGGACUAAAGUCAAAUGACAGUGGCUGGUAUUGGUGUGCUGAAGGGGACAUUCAGAUACCAGUAUAUUUAACUGUUACUGAGAAAUUUAACACUACCACUACCCCUACUACUAUCAGUAUUACUUCUCAUGCUGUUGCUGGAAAUGGAAAAUUGACUACAAUGGAGCAAUGGAAUAAUUUUACAAUUGUAGAAAAUAAACAACACAGAGCUUCAUUUCCCCCAAAGAUCCUCAUCAUCCCUCUGAGUGUUUUGAUCAUGAUUGUAAUUGUGGUGCUGUUCAUCUGGUUUAUACUCAGACACAAACAGAGCAAAGCAGAAUCAUCAGCCACAGCAAUGGUUGGAGAGGAAGUAACAUACUCUGAAGUUAGAACCAAGAAAAAAUGUUCACCCAAGGCUGGAGACAAAGUAACAUACUCUGAAGUCAGACCCAUGAAAAAACGUUCACCCAAGAGUUCAUUUGCUGAAAGUGACAUGGAACUCGUGCACAGUUCUGUUGUUGAGAAACAGCGUAAUAAAAGGGCUGAAGGAAAAGAAACAGAAGUUACAUACAGCACAUUAGCUAAUCUCUACUGAAAUGCUUUGACAUUCAAACUCUUUUGUGUGUAUUUUAGUCUGUGUGUGUUCUUUCAGUCUUCGUCAGAUCGUCUGUGUUACCACCCAUCUCGGCUUGUCAAGGUUUUUUCAUGACUUUUUGUUCUGGGCAUGUUCACGUUUCUAGUUCAUGUUUUUUGAUGUCAUAGUUCCUCUCAUGCUCCAGUGCAAAAUCAUGUUCAUAGUUGUUCAUAGUCUGUCCUAGUGUUCCCAGUUUAGGAUUUAGUUUAGUUUUCGCUACGGCCCAUGCUGCCUUGUUUUGUUUCAUGUAAUCAACCGUAAUAAAGGCUUGU